GCCAGAAACGCGACGCGUGCUGCACAAAAUCAUGGCGAGUCAAGAUGCUAUUUACACUACCGACGAGUAUGGUCGCCCAUUCAUUAUCCUGCGCGAGCAAGGCAAGAAAACCCGGACUCAUGGCGUCGAGGCGAUCAAGUCGCAUAUCCUCGCCGCACGCACAGUCGCAAAUAUCAUCCGGACAUCGUUAGGCCCAAGAGGUCUUGACAAAAUCCUCAUCUCUCCUGACGGCGAGAUCACCGUCACCAAUGACGGAGCUACGAUAUUGGGUCAGAUGGAGGUCGAGCAUCAAAUAGCGAGGCUCCUAGUGCAGCUGUCGAAGAGUCAGGAUGACGAGAUCGGAGAUGGUACAACUGGUGUCGUUGUCCUUGCUGGUGCCCUAUUGGAACAGAGUGAGGCUCUCCUAGACCGGGGAAUCCACCCCAUCCGAAUCGCAGACGGUUUCGACAAGGCCUGCGCCGUAGCAUGCGAGCAACUAGAUCAAAUAUCCGACCGUGUUGAGUUCUCCCUCGAUAACAAGGAAAAUCUCCUCAAAACCGCCCAUACAUCCCUCGGCAGCAAAAUUGUAUCAAAAGAGCACCAACAAUUCGCUCAAAUCGCCGUCGACGCCGUCCUGACCGUCGCCGACGUCGAGCGGCGCGACGUGCCCUUCGACCUGAUCAAAGUCGAGGGCAAAGUCGGCGGCUCACUCGCCGACACGACGCUCAUCAAGGGCGUCCUCAUUGACAAAGACAUGUCGCACCCGCAGAUGCCGCACGCCAUCACCGACGCCCGCCUCGCGAUCCUCACGUGCCCGUUCGAGCCGCCGCGGCCCAAGACGAAGCACCACCUGGACAUCACGAGCGUGGACGAAUUCAAGAAGCUGCGCGAGUAUGAAAAGGCCAAGUUUGCGGACAUGAUCAAGAUGGUCAAGGACACGGGCGCGAACUUGGUCAUUUGCCAGUGGGGCUUUGAUGACGAGGCGAACCAUUUGUUAAUGCAGAACGAGCUUCCUGCUGUGCGGUGGGUUGGUGGCCCCGAGAUCGAGUUAAUUGCAAUCGCCACGCAAGGACGCAUCGUCCCCCGAUUCGAGGAUCUUACGGCCGCGAAGCUCGGAAAGGCGGGCGUAGUCCGCGAAGUCACUUUUGGAACGACGCGGGACAAGAUGCUCGUGAUUGAGGAGUGCGCCAACUCUCGGGCGGUGACAAUCUUUGUUCGCGGGAGCAACAAGAUGAUCGUCGACGAGGCAAAGCGUGCGCUCCACGACGCCAUCUGCGCCGUUCGCAACCUCGUCACCGACAACCGAGUUGUGUACGGUGGUGGUGCCGCCGACAUCAGCUGCGCUGUAGCCGUCGCGAAGGCUGCUGAUGAGAUCCCCACUAUCGAGCAGUACGCCAUGCGCGCGUUCGCCUCUGCCCUCGAUGCCAUCCCGCUGGCCCUGGCCGAAAACAGUGGUCUCUCGCCAAUAGAGACGCUGGCAGAGGUCAAGAGCCGGCAGAUUACCGAGAGCAACACCCGCCUUGGUAUCGACUGCUCCGGCAAGGGCGAGAACGACAUGAAGAAGCAGUUCGUGUACGACCCUCUGAUCUCGAAGCGGCAACAGUACCUUCUGGCGACCCAGCUCGUCCGUGCGGUGCUGAAGAUCGACGAUGUCAUCGUCGCAGGCGAGGCGGACGAGUAGGCGUAAAAGUAGUAGGAGCAUUACGAAUUACAAUUACAUGCUUGGUAUCGCAGGCGUAAUUUGCAUCAUCAUCCCAUCCAAAGACAUCC